AGCCGGCAGCCGCGAGCGCGCGCUCGACCGUUGGAGUGCGCGUCCCCGCGGCCGUGCCUCUGCCUCAGCGCCCCCCCCACCUCCCCCCCCCCGCCUCCAGCACCACGGCCCCUCACAGGCAGCCCGCCCGACCCGGGACGAGCCUUUCGGAGCCGAGCCCCGCCGCGGUGAAGUUUCCUCAGGAGCCCCCUCCCUCCCCCCACACCAUCAGCUCGCUGCCUGCGCCGCCGAAAUAAUGUAGUGGAAAUGAUAGCCGAGCCCAACGCAGCCAGCAGCCUUCCCAGCCAAAAAGAGAAUGCUGUCCGUGAUGAGACUGUGCCUGAGUCUGCAGUGCAGAACAGUGGAGGUGUGAGAAAUGGCAACCUGAAAACAACAAGAGAGAAACGGAAGGUCCGAGAACAGAGUGAAAAUAUAAGGAGAAAUUCUUCCAACAGUAGAAGAGUGAGACGGCUGCAGAAUGGAGCAGUGGUUGAGGCGGUUACAUUGUUUGAAGUGGUUAUCAUGGGGAAGCGGGCCAUGCAGUCUGUGGUAGAUGACUGGGUUGAAGCUUAUAAACAAGACAGGAAUGUGGCACUUCUAGAUCUGAUCAACUUCUUCAUUCAGUGCUCAGGCUGCCAAGGCAUGGUAACAGCAGAAAUGUUUCAAAGUACACACAAGAAUGAUGUAAUGCAAAAAAUGACAGAGACCUUCGAUGAGGAAUCUGGGUUGCAAUACAAGAGAUUCAUGGCCUUUCCUUGGAUCCUGACAGUUACUUGGCCAGUGGACAUGGACGGUGAAGACUACCCACUGACCAGAACAGGAUCCUAUUGGAAGAAGUUCAGGGCCAAUUUCUGUGAAUUCAUUGCAGUGCUGGUCCAACAGUGCCAGUGCAGCAUCCUGUAUGAUAGCUACCUGAUGGAUGCUAUCAUCUCACUGCUUACGGGCUUAGCGGACUCCAUGAUCAGAGCAUUUAGACACACAAGCACUUUGGCAGCAAUGAAACUUCUGACAGCAGUUGUAGGCGUACAUCUGAACCUUGAUGUCAACAAGCACAAUGCUCAAAGAUUAUAUGAGGUGGAGAAGAACAGAAUAAGUGGCAAGAAGACCAAUUACAGACUUGACCAGCUAGAGAGAAAAAGGAAAGAGUAUGAGCAGAAGCUCUUGGAGAUACAGAACAUGAUGAAUGCUAUUUUCAAAGGGACGUUUCUAAGCCGCUAUCGUGAUGUGAUCCCUGAGAUCCGAGCUACUUGUAUGGAAGAAAUUGGCAGCUUGAUUAACACAUACCCAGAUACAUAUUUAAAUGAUAGCUACUUAAAAUACAUUGGGUGGAUGCUGUAUGAUAAGCAACCUGAAGUGCGGUUGAAAUGUCUUCUGGGACUGCAGGGAAUUUAUAGCAGAAGAGAACUUGUUUACAAGAUGGAUCUCUUUACGAGCAGAUUCAAGGAUCGAAUUGUGUCCAUGCCUCUGGACAAGGACCAUGAAGUAGCAGUUCAAGCCAUGAAACUCUUGAUGCUUAUGUCACAGAACUACGAGGAUGUGUUAUCAGAUGAAGACUGUGAAACCUUAUACCGGCUAGUUUAUACCACACACCGUCCACUUGCAGUAGCAGCUGGGGAAUUCCUUUAUAAUAGGCUGCUUAGUUAUGAGGGAGACGAAGAAGUUCUGCCCAAAGAAGGAGGGAAUGCUGGGACAAAUGCUCACCAGUUGAAAAGAUUAAUACAGUUUUUCCUGGACAGCGAGGUGCACAAACAUGUUGCAUACCUCGUAGACAGCUUGUGGGACUGGGCUGGCACAUUCCUGAAGGACUGGGAGUGCAUGACCACACUUCUAUUAAAAAAUGAUGGAGGAGAUAGAGAAGCACUGAACGAUGCCCAAAAAAGUGCUCUCACUGAAAUUAUCCUCGCGACGGUUAGAGAAGCAGCUGAAGGUCAUCCUCCAGCCGGCAGAGGUGCAGCCAAAAAAAUUCUGUCAGUAAAAGAGAAGAAAAUACAAUCGGAAGAUUGUACCAAAAUUACUGAACAUUUUAUUAUGGUGCUUCCUCAGCUCUUGGCAAAGUAUUCAACAGAUGCACAAAAAGUGGCAAAUCUUCUGCAGAUUCCACAAUAUUAUGAUUUAGAUGUUUACAGUACGGGACAUCUAGAGAAGCAUUUGGAUGCUUUGCUGAAAGAGGUAAAAGACAUUGUGGUCAAACACUCUGACAUAUCUGUCCUUGAGGCAUCCUCCAGGACUUAUUAUAUCCUCUGCAGUGAAGAAAUUGCCAUCUACAAUCAGGUGGAUCGCGCCCGAACUCAGCUGAUAGAUGAGUUGGCGGGACAGCUUAACCAGCUACUGGAUGGCUUCUGGCAAAAGCAAAGAGGAUUUUGCACGGAUGCAAGAGAGGUUGCCCGGAUGUGCGCUGCUUUGAGAAGAAUAGCAGCUUUUCACAAUGCCCAUGAUCUCACCAAGUGGAAGCUGUAUGACAAGACUUUACGGUUGCUGUUGUUUGAAAUACAACAUGGGUGUUUGUCCGUUCUGGUGAUCCUGCCAGCUCUCCAGUGCACAUAUUUUUCUCUCCUGUGGCAAGUAGCUGCAGCUGCAGAAAAUUCUUCCAAGGGCGCUCUUUUGGCAUUAAGAAGAGAACUGAGGCGUUUCAGUGAGAUUUGCAUGUACUUCCUCACCCAUAAGGAAAAAGACGUGAGAGAAAAGGCCUUCGUGAUACUCUGUGACUGGCUGCUGAUUUUGAGUCAUCAAGAUUCAAAUAAUAAUGAAGAAGAAGUGGGAUUUCUGGAUUACCUUCCCAGCACUUCCCUUCAGGAAAAACUGCUUUUGUUUGUCCAAGAACAUAUUUUUGUGGAGGAGAAAGAGGAAAGCAAAGACCUGACAAAAGAGGAGGAGAGAAAAGACGAAAACUACAAACUUGACGACUUGCACAAAAAGCGGAGUCUUCUUGCAGCAUAUUGCAAGUUAAUAGUGUUUAAUGUGGUGGAGACGACUGCAGCUGCUGAGAUCUAUAAGCAUUAUGUGAAGGCUUACAACGAUUUUGGGGAUAUAAUUAAAGAAACUCUAAGCAGGACGAGGCACAAUAACAGAAUUGAGAGUGCCAGGGCGCUGAUUCUCUGUCUGCAGCAGCUGUUUCAGACGUGUGCAGAAAGCCAAGACAGCAGUACUGGUGUGGACUUGGCAUCUGCUUCCUUCACAAACAUGAAAGAACUGGCUCGUCGGUUUUCGCUAACGUUUGGCUGGGACCAGGUGAAAUCUAGAGAAUCUGUAGCCAUGAUACACAAGGAAGGGAUCGAAUUUGCCUUUCAAGGAGCUACUGGAACAGACGGAAAGAGCUUUCCUCCUAAUUUAAGCUUUCUGUUAAUCAUCAGUGAAUUUUCCUAUAAGCUGCUAAAGCCUGACAAAAAAAUAGUGUAUGCUUACUUACAGAGGUAUGCAGUAGAGCCGCUGCCUUACAGCCGAGACGAGUGGCAGCCGUUGAUCUGGUACAAAAACUCCUUACUGGCCAACGAAGAUGAGGAGAGCUCUGUCCUCGGCAGCUUAGGGGAAUGGUCCCAAGUGGGCACCUCUAAGGCAUCUUCUUGCAAAAGGAAAUUGUCGAAUGGGUCUUUGCCUGAAGCCAGCCCUGCUGAAGCAGCAAGCCAAGAUUCAGCCUUACAGCCUGCUUCCCAGCUCGCCUCCGCAGCAGGGAAGAGCAGAAAGAGGCUGAAAUCUCGAGAGACGAACUCGCAGGAGCAUGUGCCACUCCCUUGUCCCGGCGGGCUGCAGCAAAGCGAAAGUGAGAUUGAGACAGAUGUCUCGAUGAAGCGACAAGUGGGAGAUAAAAGUGAAGAUGCCGAUGUUGAUGUGAUUGAUGCAGACCAGAAGAGUUAAGGUGACAAUGAGGGGAUAAAUGGAAGUGAAGAACACGCUACUACUGCUUUCUGCCAAUUGCUGAAGUGAACAGUGCGGUUGUGACGGCAUCAACCAAGGCAGCAGGAGAUGCACAGCUCAAGGCAAGUCUCCCCCUGUAGGCAUCCACCCAGUACCAGCUCCUAGCACCGUGGGUGAUUUCUCCGCUCUGCUGCUCGUCAGUAUCACUGCUUUGGCUGGUGGCGUGCUUCUGAGGUGUGGGAGCAGCGACCAUCAUUGCUGCACUUCAUCCUGGACUUCAGUGCCCUUGUGGAUAAACUCCCAACCCAAGGAUCGCAGGCAGGGUACUGACAAACACUCAGCGACUCUGUGAACUGGAUGAGACAGAGACGAGGGUGCUUAGCUCAGAGCAGCGCCCUGCUGGGUGUGAGAGGCCCGAGACGGCGAUGCGCUCGUGCCCUCGCACCCCGUCACAGCGCAAGGAGCCUGGCCCGGCUGUGGACAGGGCCCUGCUGGGUGGUGGAUGGCAAGGGACGUGGCAGGGCUGCUCGCUUCCUGUCUGUAAGGUGCAAAUCGCGGCUCACAGCGCCUGAAAGCAUUUCUGAACGCCAGCGCUCACAGAAACACGGCUGGUUGCCUGUGGGGAUCAGGACACAGUCCCGGGAGACUUGCAGCAACAACACAACAGUGGACCAGUUGACUCAGUAUUUUCCUCUGGAAUAAAUCCAUCAUGCACAGCAAGCACGUAGUAGUUACUGGGGAUAUCAAAAGCUUGAAAAGACAAUGUAAAUAGACUGUAAAUACAGCCCUUCAGAAGCAGUCUUUCCAUGACAGGUUUGGAAACGUUCUUCACUCGAGUGCUUUGUUACUGCUCCAUGGAAUUGUACACUGCAUUAAUCCUAAAAGCUUUUUUAAAAUUUUAAUCUAUGUAUAUAUUUUGGAUCAUGACUGUAAAAUAAACUGUAUAACCGUUGCUGUC